GUGGUCGUGGGUAACGAUAAAUCCUUCACGUACGACUACGUGUUCGACCCGUCUGUGGAACAAGAGGAAGUUUUCAACACGGCCGUGGCCCCUCUCAUACGAGGCAUCUUCAAAGGUUAUAAUGCUACUGUCUUAGCCUAUGGACAGACAGGAUCUGGAAAAACCUAUUCCAUGGGAGGUACCUACACUGCCAAUCAAGAGCAUGAACCUAGUGUGGGAGUCAUCCCUCGGGUCAUCAAGCUGCUGUUUAAGGAGAAGGAGCAAAGGCAGGAUUGGGAAUUCAUCCUCAAAGUUUCUUAUCUAGAGAUCUACAAUGAGGAUAUUCUAGACCUGCUGUGCUCAUCAAGAGAGCGGUCUUCUCAAAUCAGCAUCCGGGAAGACCCGAAAGAAGGCAUAAAGAUUGUAGGGUUAACAGAAAGAAAUGUCACCUGUGCUGAAGAUACUGUAUCCUGCCUAGAACAAGGGAACAAUUCCAGAACAGUGGCCUCCACCGCAAUGAACUCCCAGUCCUCACGGUCCCACGCCAUCUUCACCAUUUGUAUUGAUCAGAAAAAGAAAAAUGACAAGAACAGCAGUUUUCACUCCAAGCUACACCUGGUUGAUCUUGCUGGCUCUGAGAGACAAAAGAAGACCAAGGCUGAGGGAGACCGACUAAAAGAAGGCAUCAACAUAAACAGAGGGCUCCUCUGCUUGGGCAAUGUAAUUAGUGCUCUUGGUGAUGAAAAUAAAAAGGGUGGUUUUGUCCCUUACAGAGACUCCAAGUUAACAAGAUUGCUGCAAGAUUCUCUGGGUGGUAACAGCCACACUCUCAUGAUUGCCUGCGUAAGCCCAGCGGAUUCCAAUCUGGAAGAAACUCUAAAUACUUUGCGUUAUGCUGACAGAGCAAGGAAAAUAAAAAAUAAACCAAUUGUCAACCUUGAUCCCCAGGCAGCUGAGCUGCAUCAUCUCAAGCAGCAGGUACAACAGCUACAGGUGUUACUGCUGCAGGCCCAUGGAGGGACCCUCCCAGUGUCUAUCAAUAGUAUGGCACCAUCAGAGAAUCUUCAGUCCCUGAUGGAGAAAAACCAGUCGUUAAUGGAAGAGAAUCAAAAGCUGAGCAGAGGGCUGAGUGAGGCUGCUGGUCAGACAGCACAGAUGUUGGAGAGGAUCAUUCUGACAGAACAAGAAAAUGAGAAGAUGAAUGCCAAACUGGAGCAACUUCAGCAACAUGCUCUGUGCAAGCUUGAUCUGCAGAAGCUGGUAGAGACUGUGGAAGAUGAGGAACUAAAAGAGAAUGUCGAGGUGAUUCGCAAUCUGCAGCAGGUUCUGGCUCAGUUGCAGAGUGAAAAUGCUGCUACAAUGGAAGCUGCUGUAGAGAUGGCAAACACUGAACAGGAUGCUACAGCUGAAGCAGAAACAGGCCAGGAUAGCAAGAGAUCCUCAGAUGACUUCACCACUCAACAUGCCCUCCGUCAGGCACAGAUGUCCAAAGAGUUGCUUGAAUUGAAUAAAGCCCUGUCUCUGAAAGAGGCACUUGCCAAAAAAAUGACUCAGAAUGAUAGUCAGCUGGAGCCCAUUCAGUCCCAAUACCAGACUAAUAUCAAAGAUCUGGAAUUGGAGGUCACUAGUCUGCAAAAAGAAAAGGAGGAAUUGAUCCUUGCUCUGCAUAUGGCAAAGAAGGAUGUCAACCAAGCCAAACUGAGUGAACGACGUCGGAAAAGACUUCAGGAGUUGGAAGGGCAAAUUGCUGAGCUGAAGAAAAAGCUGAAUGAGCAAUCAAAGCUCUUGAAGCUGAAGGAAUCUACAGAACGAACUGUCUCCAAACUGCACCAGGAGAUCAGGGAAAUGAAAAGCCAAAGGGUACAACUGAUGCGCCAGAUUAAAGACGAUGCUGAGAAAUUCAGGCAAUGGAAACAGCAGAAGGACAAGGAAGUGAUCCAGCUGAAAGAAAGGGAUCGUAAGAGACAAUAUGAGCUGCUUAAGCUAGAACGAGAUUUCCAGAAACAGGCCAACGUACUGCGGCGCAAAACAGAAGAGGCAGCAGCUGCUAACAAGCGCCUGAAGGAUGCUCUGCAGAAACAACGGGAGGCUGCAGAUAAACGGAAGGAAAGUCAAAAUCGGGGGAUGGAAGGAGUUGCUGCACGAGUAAAAAGCUGGCUUGCAAAUGAAGUAGAGGUUCUUGUUAGUACUGAAGAGGCUCGACGGCACCUUGCAGACCUUCUGGAGGACAGAAAGAUCUUGGCACAGGAGCUCCUUCAGCUUAAAGAGAAGAAAGAUGCUGGGGAAAACCCACCUCUAAAGCUGCGGAGACGCACCUACUCCCUCGCGGAUUUGCAGGCAUCAGAGAUGGAUCUCUCCAUCUCAAAGCAGAUAGAAAGCCUGGAGACUGAGAUGGGGCUCAGGAGUGCCCAGAUAGCAGAUCUACAGCAGAAACUCUUGGAUGCAGACAAUGGUGAUCGUGCCAAACAGCGUUGGGACAGCAUUGCAACAAUUCUAGAGGCUAAAUGUGCUUUGAAGUAUCUCCUUGGAGAGCUGGUCUCCUCAAAAGUGCAGGAAAGUAAGUUAGAGAGCAGCCUUCAGCAGAGUAAAGCCAGCUGUUCAGACAUACAAAAGAUGCUGAUUGAAGAACGAAACCAUUUAACAGAGAUGGAGGCAGAGUUCCAAAAUCAGCUUUUGGUGCAGGAACAACACCACCAGGAAAAGGUCCUGUACCUGCUUAGCCAAUUUCAGCAAAAAGAAGCAGCAGAGAAGAAAUUGGAAGAUUCAUUAAGUGAACAAGAAAAACAGCUACAAGAGCGACUCAAGUUCCAGGAGGAAGAGCUGGAGAAAAUGAGGGAGAUGUGUGAGAAGAACCAAGAGCUUCUCCAGGAAAACGACACUCUCAAACAGAAACUGCUGCUCCUCCAAGUUGCCAGUGGCCAGAAGAUCCGUCACAUUCAGCAAAGGCCAUCAGAGUCCCCAGAUUCUUCUUUUGAUUAUAUUCCACCCAAACCAAAACCUCGUCGGCAAACGACAGCCAAACCCCGAGCGCUGACCCCAGAAAUGAAUGUGGAAGAGCUGUUCUCUGACUCGGGGGAGUCUGGAGGGGAGAUGGAGGAUGCAGACUGGGUUCCAGUAAAAGCAGUCAAAGGAGCAAAGAAAAGUGUGAUGGGGUGCUCCUGCAAGGGCUGGUGUGGAAAUAGACAGUGUGGCUGCAGGAAGCAGAAGGUGGGCUGCACUGAAGGCUGUAGCUGUGACUCUGCAAAGUGCAGAAACAGAGACCCUGGCUUUCCGGAUGCCACGCUGUGCGAGGACCGAACAAGGGACUCUGAUGGUUCCUUCAAGCUCGAAGACCCCACUGAAGUGACUGCAGGAGAGACCUUCUUUCAGCCUGUGUGUGUCACACCAACUACAAAGGUCCUGAAAGAUAUCACAGACCAAGAUGUGUUCAUGAAGAAGCCCAGCACUGCUGCUUCCCUGGUCGUGAGAGAUGAGGAGUCCCAAGAGAACCAGAUCCCAUUGGUAAAGAGAAAGAAGAGAAUGCUGAGCAGCAACACCAGCUUCUUCUCAGGUUGUACCCCUAUCAAAGAGGAGCUGGACUGA